AUGGCCUCUCGUGUCCUGGUCUCUGGUCUUCCCCGGUCGCUCCCUCCCCUCCCCCCGGGGCCUGCCUCUACCCGCGUCCCCUGCGUCAAGGGGCGGCAGCGCGCCGCUCCUCACUCCUCCGAGUUUCCGCCGACAGAGGCUCCGCUGCAGACUCUUCACAUGGACGUGUGGGGCCCAGCCCGCGUCCGUGGACAGGGUCAUGAGCGUUACUUCCUCCUGGUGAUUGACGACUACUCGCGUUACACCACAGUCUUCCCCUUGCGCCGCAAGGAUGAGGUCACUGAGGUGUUGAUCGACUGGAUCCGCGCUGCUCGUCUCCAGCUCAGGAAGAGUUUCCGCUCUGACUUUCCUGUUUUGCGUCUGCACUCCGACAGAGGUGGGGAGUUUUCCUCCGGCCCUCUGCGAGCCUUCUGUCGUGCGAGGGGCAUCCGCCAGACGUUCACGCUUCCGGCCUCUCCACAGCAAAAUGGGAUUGCUGAGCGCCGCAUUGGCAUGGUCAUGGACGUCGCUCGUACGUCCAUGAUCCAUGCGGCUGCUCCCCAUUUUCUGUGGCCGUUUGCGGUUCAGUACGCGGCGCGUCAGAUCAACCUUCAGCCCCGGGUCUCCAUGCCGGGGACCUCCCCCACUCUGCUGUGGACGGGGAAGGUUGGCGAUGCGUCUGCGUUCCGUGUCUGGGGAUCUCGGGCUUUUGUCCGAGACUUGUCUGCGGACAAGAUGUCCUCCCGUGCUGUUCCCUGCGUCUUCCUUGGCUUCCCCCCUGACGCGCCUGGUUGGCAGUUUUACCACCCCACCUCGCGCCGUGUUCUGUCCUCCCAGGACGUCACGUUUGACGAGUCGCCUUUGGAGGUCACUUCCGACACCUCUGGCCCACCCGAGGGGGGUGACGCUGCUGCUGGCGCCCCGUCGGCCUACCGCCGCGCACCACGCUUGGAGACCCCUCCGGGGUUCCCCCCGCGACCUUCUUCACCGCCUAUACAGCCGGUUACUGUUGACUCUGGUGCUGCUGGGGGUGGUGCUCCUGGAGGUGCUGCGUCUGGGGGUGCGGAGUCUGGGGGUGCUGAGCCUGCGCGUGAGGAGACUGGAGGUCCUGCGCCUGGGGGUGCUGUGUCUGUGGGUGCUGAGCGUGUGUGUGCGGAGUCUGGGGGUGCUGAGUCUGGCGGUGAGACGCUUGAGGGUACUGGGACUGCUGGUGCGCGGCCUACUUGGAGUGGCCGCCUUCGUCCGCGUGUGCCUCUCACCACUCAGCAGCUGCACGACUGGUACGGUCGCCGUCAGCGUCGCGCUGCUGGAGCCCGGGACUCUGCUGCUCGAGGUACUGGAGCUGCUGGGGCUGGGGGUGCUGCGCCUGGAGGUGCUGCUGUGGGAGACGCUGCGGUUGGAGACCCUGGGACUGGAGGUGCUGGUUCUGGGGGUGCUGCUGCGGGAGACGCUGCGGCUGGAGACCCUGGGACUGGAGGUGCUGGUUCUGGGGGUGCUGCUGCGGGAGACACUGCGGUUGGAGACCCUGGGACUGGAGGUGCUGGUUCUAGGGGUGCUGCUGCGGGAGACGCUGCGGUUGGAGACCCUGGGACUGGAGGUGCUGGUUCUGGGGGUGCUGCUACGGGAGACACUGCGGCUGGAGACCCUGGGACUGGAGGUGCUGGUUCUGGGGGUGCUGCUGCGGGAGACACUGCGGUUGGAGACCCUGGGACUGCAGGUGCCGGUUCUGGGGGUGCGGCUGCUGGUGACGCUGGUUCUGGAGCUGCUGGCGCUGGAGGUACCGGUUCUGAGGCUGGAGCUUCUGGAGCUGCUGGAGGCGCUGGCGCUGCUGGAGGUGCUGGCGCUGCUGGAGGUGCUGGAGGUGCUGGAGCUGCCGGAGCUGGUGCAGCUGCGCCGACACGACUGUUCUUCGCUCCGCCGUCUCCGUCGUCUCUGCCGCCGCCUGACUCUGCUCUUCGUCAGGUUGUUACUCUCCCGUCGUCUACUGGUCUUCCGUUACAGACUGGCUCACCGCUACCUGCUCCCUCUCCUUACACUGAGCAGACAGGCAGUCCUGCUACGCGUCGUGAGCCUGCGUCGCGUCCUGUCUCGCCUGUUCGUUCUGGUCGUCCCGUUCGUCAUGUCGCUCGUGCGCGUCAGCCGGCUGUCCCCAGCGCACACCUUGUUGUCCGUCGUCCUUCCUCUGUUCCGCAGUCUGUUCCUCUGCCGUCUCCCCCUGCGUCCUCUCUGCCUGCCGUUCCGGACCCUGCGUCUGACCGGUUUCGUGCUGAGCACCCUACUGUCACGCGUCUGUUAGCCACUGUUGUCACUGACCCGUCGUUUGAGUCUACUGCUGCGUCUGCCUUAGUCGCUGAGCUUGUCGACUUUGCUGCUGCCUGUCGUCUCGACUACGCCGCUAGUCUUGUUGCUGAGUCUGAGUCUGUCUGUCCUCCGUCCAUCGGGGGUGAGUGUGCUCUUAGCACGGACGUCCUUGAGGACAGGCAGGAGGAGUUCCAGUGUCUUGCUACUGCUUUACCUCAUCUUGUGUCCUCGCUGCUUGCCCCUGAGGGAGACCCGGAUGCACUAGACAUCCCGACUCCGCGAUCUUACGCGGAGGCGAUAGAGGGUCCCUACUCCUCUCAGUGGCAGGCAGCCAUGGACGCAGAGAUGGCUUCCUGGAAGUCCACAGGCACCUACAUUGACGAGGUUCCCCCACCUGGGGCGAACAUCGUCAGUGGCAUGUGGAUUUUCAGGACCUUCUCUCCCACCCCGAAGAUGACUACUCUUCGGGUGCUGCUACACAUAGCCGCGCAUCGUGACUACGAACUUCACUCUCUGGACUUCAGCACAGCCUUCUUACAGGGCAGCCUGCACGAGGAGAUCUGGCUGCGCCGCCCACCUGGCUUCACUGGGACGUUUCCUCCUGGCACCCAGUGGAGCCUCCGGCGGCCGGUCUACGGUCUCCGCCAGGCGCCAUGUGAGUGGCACGACACACUGAGGACUACGCUUGCGGCUCUUGGGUUUGCUCCUUCUACUGCAGACCCGUCGCUGUUUCUACGCACCGACACCUCCUUGCCGCCGUUCUACAUCCUCGUGUACGUCGACGACUUGGUCUUUGCUACAGCUGACACUGCUGGACUCGCCCACGUGAAGUCCGAGCUGCAGAAGCGACACACGUGCACAGACCUGGGUGAACUGCGCAGCUAUCUUGGCUUGCAGAUCACUCGGGACAGAGCACGGCGCACCAUCACCCUGACUCAGUCACACAUGGUGCAGCAGGUCCUUCAGCGCUUCGACUUCACGUACUCCUCGCCUCAGGCCACUCCUCUGUCUACUCGCCACUCGCUCUCAGCUCUGCCUUCGGAUGAGUCCGUAGAGCCGAGUGGCCCGUACCCAGAGCUUGUUGGCUGCCUCAUGUACCUGAUGACCUGCACUCGACCUGACCUGGCCUACCCUCUUAGCAUCCUGGCACGCUAUGUUGCUCCUGGGAGACACCGACCAGAGCACAUGGCUGCAGCGAAGAGGGUUUUGCGCUACUUGUGCAGUACAUCGGGCAUGGGGCUUGUGCUUGGAGGGCGGAGUCGAGUGGUUCUUACGGGUCACGCAGACGCGUCUUGGGUCGACGACCUGGCUACGCAGCGGUCGUCACAGGGUUACACCUUCAGCCUUGGUUCCGGCUCUGUUUCGUGGCGGUCCACCCGCUCGUCUUCUGUUCUCAGCUCCAGUUGUGAGGCUGAGAUCUACGCGGGAGCCAUGGCUGCUCAGGAGUUACGCUGGCUGACCUACCUGCUGACUGACCUUGGAGAGCCGCCUCGUUCUCCUCCAGUCCUGUACGUAGACAACAAGGCCAUGCUGGCCUUGUGUCGGGAGCACAGACUGGAGCACAGAACGAAGCACAUUGCUCUUCGUUACUUCCUUGCUCGUGAGCUGCAGCAGCGUGGUCAGCUGCGCCUUGCUUACGUGGCCUCUCAGGCCAACACUGCUGAUAUCUUCACCAAGGCACUUCAGCCUUGUGAUCAUCAGCGCUUUUGUACGUUGCUAGGUCUUGUGCCUACUUUGCCUCACUUGCUCACUUCUUGA